UCAGUGCUACUUUGGUCUGAGAGUAAUGUUACAGAUUGGGAGAGUGAAGAGGCUGCGUAUCGAUCCUGUUCUCACAGCCAUUGCAGUACAUUGAGCUCCAUAGGCACAGCAUUGGAAAUUAAAAAUGGGGAAAGGUGAUCCCAAGAAGCCAAGAGGGAAAAUGUCCUCUUAUGCUUAUUUUGUGCAGACUUGCAGAGAAGAACACAAAAAAAAGCAUCCUGAUACUUCAGUAAAUUUCUCUGAGUUCUCCAAGAAAUGUUCAGAACGGUGGAAGACUAUGUCUGCUAAAGAGAAAUCAAAGUUUGAAGACAUGGCAAAAGUUGACAAAGUUCGCUAUGAAGGAGAAAUGAAGAGUUACAUCCCACCUAAAGGAGAGAAAAAAAAGAAGUUCAAGGAUCCAAAUGAACCAAAAAGACCACCUUCAGCUUUCUUCAUAUUCUGCUCGGAAUUUCGUCCUAAAAUCAAAGGGGAGCACCCAGGUGCGACCAUUGGAGAUGUUGCAAAAAAACUGGGAGAAAUGUGGAAUAACACUUCCUCAGAUGACAAGCUGCCUUAUGAAAGAAAAGCUGCUAAGCUGAAGGAGAAAUAUAUAAAGGAUAUAAAAGCUUACCGGUCUAAGGGAAAGCCUGAACCAGCAAAAAAAGCUGCUGCCAAACCUGAAAAGAGCAAGAAAAAAGAUGACGACGAUGAUGAUGAUGAUGAUGAAGAUGAUGACGACGAGGAGGAGGAAGAAGAGGAGGAGGAAGAAGAGGAAGAAGAUGAUGAUUAAAUAUUUCUUGGUGCUUUGUCUGUAUAGCAGUUAAACCCCCCUGUACACAACUCAUUUAAAAGAAAAAGAAAUAUAAUGCGUGUAUUGUAUUGUUUUAAUUUUUGUUCUCAUUUUUUUUUUGUUUUUGUUUCUUUUCUUGUGUAGUCAACAUAAUACCAAAUGUGUUUUUAGAUAGGAAAGGGUAUAGUGGCUUUUUAGUUGCCACUAUUUUUGCCAUGUACAGUUAGGGGUUGUAAAUUGGCAUGGAGACUGGGAAAGGUUCAUGUUGGUGCCCAGCACAAAUUUGUUUGAGUGGGGAUGGUGAUCAUUUUAUUCUAUGUGUUCAAUUUUCUUUGUAUCUAUUUUUUUAACUAAAUACCACUCUGUAAUUGCAAAACAUUUUGUUCACAUUCUGAUUGCUUCUAAGUAAAUAUUUUUUUUUUUAAUUAACAAAUUUGCUUUAUGUGAAAACUUAACAUAAUAUUGUGUGGUUGUGUUUUAAUCCCUGAUUACCCUUUGAGCAAAGCAUGAAUUAAUUUAUGGUAUUGUUUUUUUAAAUAUUUGUGUUGACCAGUUUUUUUUCACUUUAUAUAGAUAAAAAGGAUGUUUUUUUUCUUUUAAAUACUCAGAGCCAACUAAUGAAUAAAAAUUACGUAAUGCUAAUCAAACUGAAAGGUUAACGCUAUUUGCCACAAUUUUGGCUUUACACAAGGAUUCCCUUCAACCUGUUUCUUUCAGUCUGAUGUUUUUUGGUGGCAAGUGAGCAAGAUCUCGUGUGAUUUUCUUAGGGCUUUUUUUAUUCUCAAUACUAAGCUGUUUUGCAAUUGAAGGGAUACAAAACCCCAACAUUUUCUUUCAUGAUUUGGAUAAAACAUACAAUUUUAACUUUUCAA